AUGGAGGACGAACCAAGCCAAGAAACUCCUGCUGAGAGAGCUCAGGAAGGCAAAGCUAGCGAGGUGGUCACCCUCACACAAUGUCGAGCUCUCGCAGCCACAGCAGACAAUAUCCUCUUAUAUUCUUUGACCAAAAUUAUUUCAACUAUGCCUCGCACGAUCCGUAGCAAACGGAACAAAGAUCCUGUCAUAGCGCACAUGCUCACAGUCCUGUCAGAGAAAAUACCAGGGGAAUUCUCAUCCCACAUAGAGUCCGAAAAAAGAUGCAGGAGCAUUGUUAUAUCUGGCAUCAGUGAGUCCCCUGAAACCUACUCCCAUCUGAACGGCAAGCGAUGUUGA